CUUCCCUGGGAUCCACCCCUUGUCCUGAGGCAGGACCUGUGCAGUGCUGGAUCACUGAUACAUUGUAUCUCCCCUGAAUGGGCUCCUGUCAGGGAAGCUCUGGCUCUGCAGCAUGCCGGUUAAAAGCAGGUACAACCUGGUGGACGAUGGGCACGACCUGCGGAUCCCCCUGCACAAUGAGGAGGCUUUCCAGCAUGGCAUCUGCUUUGAGGCCAAGUAUAUUGGCAGCUUGGAUGUCCCACGACCCAACAGCCGAGUGGAAAUUGUUGCAGCCAUGCGACGGAUACGACUCUCGUGGAACAUUAACCCUUUGGAUAAUUACCAGUAUGAAUUCAAAGCCAAGAACAUAAAGAAGAAAAAGGUGAAUAUCAUGGUAUCUGUGGAUGGAGUAAAAGUCAUCCUGAAGAAGAAGAAAAAGAAAAAGGAGUGGGCCUGGGAUCAGAACAAGAUGCUAGUUAUGCAGGAUCCUAUUUACAGGAUAUUCUACGUUUCUCAUGACUCUCAAGAUCUCAAAAUCUUCAGCUACAUUGCCAGAGAUGGAACCAGUAAUGUAUUCCGCUGCAAUGUCUUCAAAUCGAAGAAGAAGAGUCAAGCAAUGCGAGUCGUCCGAACAGUAGGACAGGCCUUUGAGGUUUGUCACAAGCUGAGUCUGCAGCAUACGGAGGACAGCAGGGAUGGGCAAGAAGAUGUGGAAAGUGAAGAGAGCACAGAUGAUUCAGGUGUGCCAGUGACACAAACCGUUGCCAGUGUAGAUCAUGCUGCUGAUGAGACUGAUAUAGAUGCUAUUGACAGUCCUCUCCCCAGUGGAGAAGGCCCAGCAUUCAGCCGAGGAGUGACUGACCUGGAUGCUGUACAUCUGGAAAGUGACCAUAUAAAGGACAGCAAGACCUCAACCAAGGACCAGGUAAUAUCUGCCUCACCAAAAAUGCUGCUUCCAGCCGGCAGUCAACUCCCCCCUGGGACCCCACUCUCUCUGCACCACCAAAUUCAGCUUCUCCAACAACAACUUCAACAGCAACAGCAGCAAACCCAAGUAGCAGUAGCUCAGGUUCAUUUACUCAAAGACCAGCUGUCUGCUGAAGCUGCGGCCCGGCUAGAGUCCCAGGCCAGGGUUCAUCAGCUCCUUUUGCAGAACAAAGAUUUACUACAGCAUAUAUCCUUGCUGGUUAGGCAAGUCCAAGAACUGGAGGUCAGAUUGUCUGGACACAAUACAAUGGGAUCUCAAGACAGUCUUUUGGAGAUUACAUUCCGUUCCAGUGUCCCCCCAGUCCUGUGCGAUCCUACAACUCCACAACCAGAAGAUCUACCACCGUUGACGGAGUCUGAUUCAUCUUACCAACUGGGAAGCCCCUUAGUUGACCAAAGCAUGUUCCAGAACACAAGUGCAGCAAUCCAACCAAAGUUACAGCCUAGCCGCUCUCUCAGCCAGUUAACAAAGUCCACCCAAAGCAGCUCAGAUCCUGCUGGAGUCAGCAUAUUGGUAGGCAGCACCCAGCACCUGAAGAAUCUGGGCAAAGCAGUUGGUGCCAAAGUGAAUGAUUUCUUGCGUAGAAGAGACACUGAUCGGGGAGACAUAGGCGUUACUGAAGUCAACAAGACAGUAGCUGCAGUGCUGUCCAGCAGCGAGAGAUCACUACAUAAAAAUGUCCCAGAAGGAGAAAUGUCAAAGUUGGAUGGGUUCCCUCGCCUUGAACCACCACCACCAGUUGUGAAAAAACGCACCCCACGCGCUCUAAAAACAACACAAGACAUGAUGAUUUCAGCAAACCCUGUGAUAAAUAAUGCAGAGAAUCAUCUUAGCUUCCCUUCUGCUAUGUUGGAUAUAAGUGAAACCCCAAAUAAAUCUUCCAUUGAAGUGAAUCGUUCACAAGACUCACAACACCAGACAGAUCCUUUGCCAAAUGUAAAACCCGAACCUGAGGAGCAAAUAGGAGUGCUUUCUGAAGUUGCCUUUUCUGUACCUGACCUAAUUCACAAAGAAAACCUGGAGGCAAGCCUCACUGCUGAAUUCCCAUUUAAGAUUGAUGUAAAUAUCUGCAGUAGUCAGGAUGAGUUACGGGAAGAGGAAGUCAAUUCAGAUUAUACUUCAUGGCCAAGAACCUCAAGCAUGGACAAUGAAAGUAAACAUCCAGACCUGUUGUCCUUUGAGUAGAUUCAUAGUUUUGAAAUGGCCUUUGACUUUUAACUGGAAACAGAGAUCUACACUUUGUCAAUGCUGUUUAAACAUUCUCACAAUUUACUGUGGGGUACUUCAGUAAUUGCUGUUUUGCUGGCCUUGUCAUCCUUGAAACUUUUUUUUCACCAGCCCAAUACAGCUAGUGUAUAAACAAUGGCAAUUUUUUAAAAUAGAAUUCACCCAUGAAGUGCCUUCACAAAUCGUAUCCAUAACUUAUAUGCAACUAUUGUAUCGCUUGUGUAAUAUAAACAAAGCAUCGACUUACCUGUCGUAUUCCCGUAGGUUCUGCUAAACAUUUCAAGGUCAAGUACUAAACAGAUUUUUUUUAUUAUUUUUUAUUAUUUUUUUUAAAGCAUUUUGACUACUUAUUUUAGCUGCUUUUGUAAUUUGAAUUUCAGAACUAUAAUAAGUAAAUUCACAAUUUUAGAACUUUAAAAUAUUUUUGUAGAAGAUAGAGCUAAGUUUUGUAUAGCAAGAUGAAAAUCAUAAUGGGAUAAAGAGUGUUAAAGGGUUCCAUUGGAUGAAAGUCAGAAACAGUUUGUCUGUGCAGAAAAAUGAGCAGCUGGCCAAAA